AUGAUAAUCUUUUAUAUUAUUGCACCUGCACUCUCAUACCUUAUUGAUCAACAUUACUAACCAUUAAAUUGGUUCUAAUAUGGAGAUACUACUUGUUAUGGAGUAAUGUUCGAUGCUGGAAGUUCAGGUACAAGAGUUUAUGUAUAUUCUUGGAGUUGCCGAGAAAAUAAAACAAUGGCUUAUAUUAAUAUUACUGAGAAGACAUUAGAAUAUAAGGUUGAGCCAGGAAUUGAUUCUUUUGGAAAAGAUUUAGAGUCUUUGAAAUCUUAUAUUGAUGAUCUAAUUUAAUUUGCAUAUGAGAAUGUACCUUAUAAUAUGCAUAAAUACACUCCAAUUAUGUUGGCUGCAACUGCAGGAAUGAGAAUGAUUCCAACAUUUUACUAGAUUUAAAUAAUAUCAACAAUAAGAGAUAUUUUUCGAUCAAGUAAAUUCCUAUUUCAUAGAGAUGAUUGGUGUAGAAUAAUCACAGGUUAAGAGGAAGUAAUUACAUAUCAUUAUAAGAUCAAAAGGGAGCAUAUAUGUGGCUAUCAAUUAACUAUAUGAUAGGUAAAUUGGGAAUAACGGAUAAUGAACAUGCAUUAACUGUUGAUUUGGGAGGAGGAUCUACUUAAUUGGCUUUUAAACCUAAAUAAAAUAUAGAUAAUAGUGAAGUAAAUUUAAGAAUUCCUAAUCACAAUUAAUAUAAGAUAUACUCUUAAUCCUAUUUAUAUUAUGGAAUAGAUUAAGCAAAAAAAGUUAUAUUUGAAAAUGAAAUGAAAAAACUAGAUAAAAAUAACUUAGUUUAUUAAUCUCCUUGUUUUCAUAAUGGUUAUAGAAACACAUAUAAAUAUAAUUCAUCUUAUAUAAUUAUUGGAACAGGAAAUAUAAAUAAAUGUGUAGACUUAAUUAAUCAAUAUCUUAAUAAUGAUAAAUCAAAAUGUAUUUAUGAAAAUUGUGGUAUUAAUGGAGUCUAUUAACCAGAAAUAGAUUCUGAAUUAAUUUAUGGUUUGGGAGGAGUAUAAUUUAUGGCUGAAUUUUUAAAUUUAGAAGAAUAUACAUUAGAAUAAUAUUUUAUUAAUGCAGUAAAAUUCUGUACUUUGAGUUAUGAAGAAAUUUAACAACAUGAAAUUUAUAGUAAGAAUAAAUAUUCAAAUGGAAAUUAUUUCUCAGUUUUGUAUGUUUAUUCUUUAUUGAGUCAUGGAUAUGGAAUUAAAUAGAACUAAAUAAUAAGAUCUCCUAAGUUGAUUGGUAAUAUUACUCCAACAUGGACUUUGGCUGCUAUGUUUUAUUAGAUUGCUUAGAUAGAUUGUGAAUAAGAUAGUCCAAUUUGUUCGACUAUAAUGAAUAAUUGA